AUGACCUUGAGUGGGAGUGGAGGUGGAAUGGCUCUGGAGUUCCACUCCUCCCCUUUGUCCAUCAGGACCAAGCUGGGCUCCCUGGAGAGCUGUCUGGAACAGACGGGGCCACAGGUCCCGUACAGCGAGGGUGAUCUCUGCUCACGAUGUUCUUUCCUCUCCAACUCUGGAGUCAGCCAGACAGUGAGAAGAAUUUGUGGUGCAUGUGUGCUCUCUCUGUUGACCCUCUUGGUGUUCGUCAUCCUAGACUUGAGGGACAGCCUUGAGAAGUGGAGGAACAUAGAUCUGGCCCUUGAGGACCUAUCAUCCUGUGGAUACCUCUUGGUGGUGCCCUUGGUCAGCUUUCUCCAAGAGGAGAGGGAUGCCUGCUGGCACUCACAGGUAGAUUCCUCAUUACAAGACAAAGGCCUGUUGUAUAGAAAGCUGCUGGACCGUAUGGAGGCUCUCUGUAGAAAGGAGGAAGAUAGGCUAUAUCUCAGCAAUCCUAAAUGCCAGGAUGAACAAGGUGCUGACUGUGCAUUGUACAUGGAAAUGGCAAAGCAGAGACUCAGUGAUUCCUCGGGCCUUGAGCUGGCCUCACGGCUCUCCAUGCUCAUUUCAGAAUUGCUUCACGUCCUAGGGGAUCCUGAGGAGAACCUCAAGGCACUGAGGAGUAACCCUGAUCUGAUCGAUGUGGUCUCCUUGAGGAUCCUUUUGCAAGUUCAAGAAUUUCUUCUUCAGUUCCUUCAGCAGCCCCAAGACAGUGAGACAAGAUGGUACCAAAUGCUCCCCAUCCUUAACUUGGCUCUUCUUGCAUCAGAGAACCUGCACAGCUGCUGGCUGAAUGAUGCCAACCUGUCCCUCUUCCUGCCUAUAUCUGUGGAAGGCUUUUCCCUCUUUCAGCCCUUCUCAGUACCCUCUCCCUUGGAUCCUGGGAAAGCUCUGGCCCAGAGUCUCAUGGGUGUGCAUCAUUGCCUUUGGGACCGUGGCCAUGAGAAGUUGGAAGGAAAGAGCAGGACCAUCCUCUCAGCCAUGAGCCUUAAGAUCAGCUUAUUGUUGGUGGCUAGCCUCAUCUACCCUAUCUUCUUCCUGUCUUUCAAGCAGAUGACUUUGUGGGUCCAGAACUAUGCCUGCAACCUCAGGGCCAGGACUGAGGCCCUGAAGCAUGAACGUCAGCUGGCUGAAGACCUCCUCCACCAGAUGCUGCCCAAAUCUGUGGCUAAACAACUUCGGAGACAAAGACAUGUUAAGGCUGAGGACUAUGAGCGGCUUACAAUCUUUCCCUUAGGCAGUACCACCCUCGUAACCCAAAGAGCAGCCCCGCCUGCCUUUUCCGAGUCCAAGGAGAGCAGGGAGAGGCCGUCCUCACCCCCUGUCUUCCUCUGCUCCUUCCCCUGGGCCCAGGUCACCAUCUUCUUCUCUGACAUUGUGGGCUUCACCAGCAUUGCAGCCUCCUGUACCCCACUGCAAGUGGUGGACAUGCUCAACAACCUCUAUGUGUGCUUCGACACGAGGAUCGAAUCCUACGACGUCUACAAGGUGGAGACCAUUGGGGACGCGUACAUGGUAGUGAGUGGACUGCCCGAAAGAAACGGGGAGAAACAUGCCGACGAGAUUGCCAAGAUGGCCCUGGACCUGGUCACUGCUGUGCGCCAGGUGCUCAUCCCCCACAUGCCCAGGGAGAAGCUGCAGCUGAGGGCCGGAAUCCAUACAGGCCCUUGUGUUGCUGGUGUGGUUGGCUACAAAAUGCCCCGAUAUUGCCUCUUUGGAGACACAGUCAACACAGCAUCUAGGAUGGAAUCUACCAGUCUUCCCCAAAAGAUUCACAUCAGCUCAGCUACCUACCAGACCCUCCUGACCAAUGAUGCUUAUGAAAUUGAGCCUCGAGGAGAGAUUGACGUCAAGGGCAAAGGGAAAAUGAAAACCUACUGGCUCCUGGGACACAAGAACUAUGGUAUUCAGAAUGACAGCCUGGUGUGCCACUGGCGGCCUUCCCUGACUGUCACCGGGAACAAGAAAGCAAAGAGGAGCCCAAGCUUGGGCCUAUCUUCCAACACAAUGGGACCUGCUCUGGAUGAGGUACCUGAGACAGCUUCCUUGGCAGAGAAGAGUUCUUCUAGCAACACUAAGAACCCACCUGAGCUGGUGUGGCAGCCUAGGGGUGAGAUACCCAACCUAGGGAAUGGAACCCCUCUACUGGAAUCCCCUUCUCCUGGCCAGAGUGUUCCUUUUUGUCCAGGAAAUGACAGUGAAACGCAACUAGGGAAGGACAGAAUCCUUCCUGGUUUGGUGGAGGAGAUGGAAUAGACCUAUUGGAUUUGCCUUCCUGGGACCUCAGGGUGUCUCUUUAGGUCUGUGAAUGGGCUCCUGACCCAAGGCCAAAGCCUCGACUCAACACAAGGAGGGAGAUUUGAUGACUAAACUCUAGAAACUAAAAGCAACCUUCAUGCCAGUUAA